AUAGAUUAUGUAAUUUUAAAUGAAUAUACACGUGUGUACAUCUAUAUCUUAAAAUGAAUGUUUUGUAAGAAAAUUAAAUUUUAUUUGUUCUAUUUAUUUUAUACUAUUCAUUCUUUUUUUUAUAAGAAAACGGUAUAGCGUCACUAAAAUGGCGGUUACAUUAAGUGUAUAGUUUCUAUAAUUUUUAUUGUUAGAGCAAUAAUUUAUCAUAUAUAUAAAAGAUAUGGCAGAUAACGAUGAUCUUUUGGAUUAUGAGGAUGAAGAACAGACUGAACAAUUAGUUGAUGGAAGCAGGGAUACGCCUGCUAAAAAAGAAGUUAAAGGCACAUAUGUAUCUAUUCACAGUAGUGGAUUUAGAGAUUUUCUUCUUAAACCUGAAAUAUUACGCGCAAUUAUUGAUUGUGGUUUUGAGCAUCCAUCUGAAGUUCAACAUGAAUGUAUUCCUCAAGCAGUUCUUGGCAUGGAUAUAUUAUGUCAAGCAAAAUCUGGUAUGGGAAAAACUGCUGUAUUUGUGUUAGCAACAUUACAGCAAUUAGAAUUAACUGAAAACCAAGUUUAUGUUCUUGUCAUGUGCCACACACGAGAACUUGCUUUUCAAAUAAGCAAAGAAUAUGAAAGAUUUAGUAAAUAUAUGCCUCAUGUAAAGGUUGGAGUAUUUUUUGGUGGUUUGCCAAUUCAAAAAGAUGAAGAAGUCCUGAAGAAUACAUGUCCUCAUAUUGUUGUUGGUACUCCAGGUCGCAUCCUUGCUCUUGUUCGAAAUAAAAAAUUAAAUUUGAAACAUUUGAAGCACUUUAUUCUCGACGAAUGUGACAAAAUGCUCGAAUUAUUAGACAUGCGUAGGGACGUACAGGAAAUAUUUAGAAGCACUCCACACGGCAAACAAGUCAUGAUGUUCAGCGCUACAUUGUCCAAGGAGAUACGUCCUGUCUGCAAAAAAUUCAUGCAAGAUCCCAUGGAAGUCUAUGUGGAUGAUGAAGCGAAACUCACGUUGCAUGGUCUACAACAACAUUAUGUGAAACUUAAAGAAAAUGAAAAGAAUAAGAAGCUAUUUGAAUUGCUUGAUGUACUUGAAUUUAAUCAGGUUGUUAUCUUUGUAAAAUCUGUACAAAGGUGCAUGGCCUUGGCACAACUUUUAACAGAACAAAAUUUUCCUGCAAUUGGUAUACAUAGAGGUAUGACUCAAGAAGAACGGUUAUCAAGGUAUCAACAAUUUAAAGAUUUCCAAAAACGAAUUCUUGUAGCUACAAAUUUAUUUGGACGUGGUAUGGAUAUUGAGCGCGUAAACAUAGUAUUUAAUUAUGAUAUGCCAGAAGAUUCAGACACAUACUUACAUCGAGUAGCUAGAGCUGGUCGUUUUGGUACAAAGGGUCUUGCCAUUACACUAGUAAGUGAUGAAAGUGAUGCUAAGAUAUUAAAUGAUGUUCAAGAACGAUUUGAUGUUAACAUUACAGAAUUACCAGAUGAAAUAGAUUUAGCUUCAUAUAGUAAGUUUACUUUUGGAUUUUUAUAUAGUUUUAAUUAAAAAUAUUAAGAAAAAUUAAUUUUUUUUUUAUUAUAGUUGAAGGACGAUAAACAUAAUUCCAUUUCCAAAAAAAUAAAUUUGAGAUUUAAUAAAGUAAGUAUAUAUAAAUAAUUGUACGAUUUUAUUAUAAUAUGUCUUAAUAUUGAUAUUUUUUUUUUUGCAGGCACAGAAAACUUAAAAGUUAUCCUAUACACUUAUCAUUGUGUAUCCGUUAAAUAUAAGACAUAUUUUGUAUCGAUUUACAAUUUUCCUUUCAUCGAUAUGACAAACUUACAAACAAGUGACGUAAUCAAAUUCAUUAUAGCUAAACUAUUAUUCUUUUAAAAAUAAAUAAAUAAUUCAUGUUAUCAUUGUAUAAUACUAUUUAACUUUUAUUCUACGUUUAGCGAAUCAGAAUUGCGUGUAUAAAUAAAUAAAAGAGAAUACAUUUUA